CCAGAAUCGCUUGGAUCGUGAUAUUUCACUCGCGCUCUUAACGUCUAGCCGCAUAUCGCUAUGUUUAUAGACUCUUAAAACCUAAUUAAAUAUUAUUUGAAAUUAUAAAAUUAUAAAGUGAGUAGUUUUCACCUUAUUUUUACUUCACUUGGGGCUUUUGAGGCAGUUUUCCUGCUACUCAGAACUUGACAAGAAAGAUAAAUCGUGAUCGCCAUCUGCUUUUCAUCUUCCGUCUUUUCGUGCUCCGCAACCGCAAGUCGCCGAAAUGCCGAUUGCGGACACUUCGAACAAACCAAGCUGGGCAGAUCGAGUCGAGCAAGGGGAAGAUGCCCCUUUGCCACAGCUGCCGCAGCUGACCCCGACGCCGCAGCUGCCAGUCAGCGAUGUUGGUGAUGGCGAAGCGAAGGUUACCACCGAGUUUCGGGAGAAUGAAGACGGCAAGAAAGUGAAGGUGCUGCGACAUUACAAGGUCGAACGGAGACAAGUGUCGAAAUCCGUAGCGAGGCGCAAGCUGUGGAAGAAGUUUGGGGACGCCAAGAACGACCCCCCGGGCCCCAACGCGGCCACGACGGUGGUCGGUGAGGAGAUCUCGCUGCAGUUCAUUAGCGCCAAGGAGGAGGAGCAGAGCCACGAGGACGACAUGCUGGCCAAGCUGCGCAGCCAGAAGACCAAGAUGGUCAAGUGCCGCAUCUGCAAGGAGGACCACUGGACCACCCAGUGCCCCUUCAAGGACAAGGUGGCCUUGCCCGAGCACCUCAAGGAGGAGGCCAAGCCGGCCAUGACAACCCCGGAAGUGGAGGAGAAGGUCAAGUCCGGCAAGUACAUCCCGCCCAGCAUGCGGGAGGGCGCCAACAGAAGAGGGGAGUCCAUGACCCAGUCACGCACCAGGGACGAGGCGGCCACCAUCCGAGUGACCAACCUGUCGGAAGACGUGCGCGACUCAGACCUGCAGGACCUAUUCCGGCCCUUUGGACAGAUUGCCAGGAUUUACCUGGCCAAGGACAAGGUCACCGGACAGUCCAAGGGCUUUGCCUUCAUCAACUUUGUGCACCGCGAAGAUGCAGCACGUGCCAUUGCCAGCGUUCACGGAUUUGGAUACGACAACCUCAUUCUCACCGUGGAAUGGGCCAAGCCAUCUGGAACGACGUAAACAUCCAGUCCGGCAGCACAGAUUCGAAACAUUUGGAAUUGGUGCACAAUUUAUUAAAAGAGAUGAUGACUGUUGGUUCA